AGAUCAGCUUGGAGAGCUUUGUAAUGCUGGUAUUAUCACCAAAGUGCUUGGCUCGGAGAGAUAACCAAUAAUUGCAUCAUCCCCAUUAUUCUAGACGACCUGCCUACCUACAGCUGGCAUUCGUUACUGCAUAGUACUCAUUCAUGGGAGCAUCAGCGCGUGCCAGGCCACGAUAUAUCGAUCUAGAGCGUAUGCGCAAUUCAUCACGCAAACCAUAACCGCCCGUCGCGAAUUCUACCCAGACUCGAGUCGACAUUAGUUGGCGACAUGCAAAUCCUACCUCGCAGCGCCGCAAAAUGGUCUCUGACAAGCUUGUCUUCGGCACCUCUUAGCCCUCGAGCACACUUCGUCUGCCCAUCGUGCCGAUCCCUGCGACGUCAACAACCCUCCCUACAGUCCCAACGUCAACAACGCAUCUUUUCUACCAAUGUAGCUCUCCGUGAAACCCCCAAGAGCGGCUCUUCAACGACAACAGCAAUAAAAACGCCGUCGCAGCAUAUCCCACCCUCACAUCCGUCGUCGGGCCAUGCGCGUCUAACAACACGACGUUUAAUAUCCCUUUCCGGUGUUGAUGCGCCGCAUUUCCUCCAGGGCCUCACCACAACAUCCAUUGAAGGAGCCAACACGGCCAGUGUCAAUGGCAAUGGCUCCCCAGCAGAGCAGAAACCGUGGCAUUAUUGCGGCUUUCUGAACGCACUCGGCCGCGUCCUACAUGAUGUUUACGUCUACCCAGUCCCUCCAACCUCAGGUGCCGACCCGCAUUUCAUAAUCGAAGUCGAUGCUGUCCAAUUACCCACUCUGCUGAAGCAUCUUAAACGCUUCAAGUUGCGCAGUAAGAUCUCCUUGCGGGCAAUAGAUGAGGAUGAGAUGAGCGUAUGGCAAAUAUGGAGCGAUGGCGACAGCGCCACCACAUCCGCGCAACACCCGAGCAACCAUACCCGGACGGGCCGAGACACUGUCAUAUUGCCUGACUUGAGGGCCCCGGAUAUGGGCUACCGUAUUCUCACUACCGGGGCCGACUUGGAAAUACAGGCUCUAGACCUGCCGGCAGGACUACAGUCUGCGGCCGCUGAGAAGACCGACGAAGCAGCGUACCGCGUGCGCCGCUACCUGCGCGGUGUACCGGAGGGCAGCGCCGAGAUCAUCCCCACGCAAGCACUACCACAGGAGUCCAACAUGGACGUCAUGGGCGGCAUCGAUUUCCGGAAAGGCUGCUACGUUGGCCAGGAGCUGACUAUCCGCACGCGCCAUCGCGGCGUUGUGCGCAAGCGCGUCUUGCCCUGUAUGCUUUACGGCGCGACGGAGACCAUACCAACGACUUUGGAAUACAAGGCAGACGCAAUCCCACCCUUAGAGGGCGGAGACCUCCAUGGCCUCACUAUCGGGCGCCUGGGCAAGAAAGGGCGCAGUACCGGCACAUUCCUCGCGAGUACGGGUAACAUUGGGCUCGCACUGUGUCGCGUCCAACUCAUGUCGGAUCUCGUAGUACCCAACGAUACAGCGACGUUCGAGUUCGACCCGGGGGCUGAAUUCGUGAUUCAGCCCAGCAAGGGCGAGGAAGGCAGUGCUGUCGACGAGGACAUCGCCGUCAAGGUCAAAGCGUUUGUACCCGACUGGCUUCGCCGGCGACUAGAUGAAGAUGCCGUGAAGCAUCCACGGUAGAAUCGCCAUGUAUUUCUGGCGCAUGUAUCCGUGUAAUCAUAGUGCUGCGAAUGGUAUAUGUGAAAAUCAGGACACAUAGGUGCAGGAGUUUCAUAACUACCGAACAAUAGUAAUCAAGAGCGCCGCUCAGGUUAAUUAUAUCGAUUCCAAAGCUAGAAUUGCAAGGGAAGGAAUUCAAGUAAGACCUUUCGCAGUUCAAUUAAACGGCAGACCUGUGUCCUUCUACUUUCUAAAAGCAGCCUACCCGGCUGUGUAUUCCACUAGGUUUAUGUGCGCGAUACAGAAGGGUUUCAGUUAUCUUCCACAACUGAAUAGUAUUAUUCACUUGGGGCCUGAGAUGCACCCUACCGCUGGAGGGUUACGAUCUGGGUGAUAGGUUUUCGACAUCUUCUUUCUAGAUAUAGGGAGUUUGCCCUUCUUGCGCCGCACGCCGU